AUGGAAGGAGAUCGUAAAGAAUAUUGGAAAAAUAAAUAUAGACAGCUUUCAAGGGAAUAUCAUCAACUGGAAAAUGAGCACAAUCUGUUAAAACAAAACUACGAACUGUCACUACAAGGAAGGCUGCAAGAUGCUGAACAAAUCAAAUCACUGCGUAGAGAAACCAAAAAAUUAAAGAAGAUGCUAGCUCAGAGGGGAUUUAUUUUAUUAAAUUUAAAAUUAAUGAUUUUUCUGCUAAUAAUUUAAAAUGAUCACUUAUUUGCAAGUUCAAAAAAUUUAUGUUUUAGAAUCAAGCUAUCUAAAAUUGACAAAAAUGGUUGAAGCUUUAAUUAAAAUUAUUAUGGGUUUUGCUAUGAAUAGCCCCGUAAGGCCAUGAUUUCCCACGAAGUGGCAUUUUUUGUCUGACCUAAAAUUAAACCCCAUGAGCCAAUGACAGCUUUAUGGGCUAUCCCAGAAAAAACCGAUAAAUCUCGAAAUAUUCCAUAAAGCUAAUUUUAUAAUAAAUAAUUUUUAUCCACUAAUUAUUUCCCCCAAAAACAGAGGGAAUAAGGAAUUCUCAAGAACUUUCCCCUCCAGAACUAUCAUCCCAAGCAAUAAAUGACUUCGCUAAAACCAUUUUCACACGGCGGCCAAACAUCAAUUCUCUCUUUUCAACUCUCAGAGGAGAAGACCAUAAUUCUCCCAUCUCAAGUCCUUCAGGCUUAACUCCAAUUCACAAAAUGUCUGACAAGCCUUCCCCUGCCAAUGCAGAUGAAGGAAUAGCUGACGCUUAUUCAGACCCCGGCAUCUAUGAAGCUUUCUUUCUCGUUGGCGUCACAAAAUCAGAUCUAGGGAAUCCUAAUGUAAAACCUUCUAUAUUAUUUGAGUACCCUGAAGAAAGUUCUUCUAUAUCUGACGCUAUAAGGCACGUAAUCCCUGAUUUUUGUUUUCCUUCACAAAUUGAAAUGACCCAGCUGACCUUUGCAAAAUCAUCUGAAUAUGCAUCGAUUUUAUUCAGCCAAGCCUCAAAUAGAAGGCCAAAUUGUUAUAUUUUUACAUUACGGUCUGAAGAAUAUGAAGAUAUUGACGUAUGGAGAGGGAUUCCGAAUUAUUCGAAAGACGCUUUAUAUAUACUUUGUGUGCAGAUAGAUGAUAUUGAAAUGGGAGAAAAUAACGAAUUAGGCUGGCUGGUGCCAAAAUGCUAUUGUAUUGCUAGUUAUAUUCCUAUUUUUGAGCUUCAUUUUGAAAUUUUAUUUUCUUUAUUAAAAUUAAAAGGAAUGAGUAGAUCAGAAAAUCCGAUAGAAAGUUUGCCUUUAAUAUGUGAAAAUGAAGUGGAAUUGUUAAGAUACUAUUGGGAAUGCGACGAAAUUCAUCCAGGCAAAGAAAUUUCAAUCCAGGUAGGAUUAAUUGAAAUUUGGUACUGCUGUGGAGAUCUUAGCACGAUUGAUGUCCCAUGACUGUGCAUUCCGUUAUUUUCUUCACUUACAUUACAAGACUUUUUGUGGCUGAUUUUUGCAUUAGCACAGGAAAAAUCGAUUGUUUUUGUGUCUGAAAAUUUGGGGCUGGUCACAUCUUGUGUGCUUGGAGCUUUAGCGAUGCUGAGACCAUUGAAAUGGUCCAAUGUAACUAUUCCGAUUCUUCCUGACUCUUUAGUAGAGCUUCUUGAUUCGCCAGUUCCUAUAAUAACUGGGAUACAAAAUAUAAGCUGAAGAAUUCGUCAUGAUCUUGUAAACACUAUUUUUGUUAUGCUUGAUGAGCCAAAAAUAAACCAAAGAGUCCAAGGAGGACGAACAGUGGUUCACGACGUAAUUGAGCCUCAAGCUCUUGAAUUGAGAAAUACUAUUAAAGAUACAUACAAAUGUUUUGAAAAUAACAAAUACAUAUUCAAUCCAAAAGAAGCACAAAAAGAAGCAUCACUUGAAAUUUAUCAGUCAUUUAAUCUAUUUUGAAGCGAAAUCAUAAACAACUCUUUAGAUUCAUCAGACCCAAAAGAGCAACUAGAGUCUCUAAAGGCAGUUUUUCCUAAAGGUGAUUGGAAUUUUUUAGAAUUAAUUACAAAGACACAGAUGUUUAUAAAUUAUUUUCAAAAUAAUUACUAA